GGUAGAUGGUCGUGAAGACAUUCAUGGACAUGGACCAGGACUCGGAAGAAGAAAAGGAGCUCUACCUGAACCUGGCCUUACAUCUCGCAUCAGACUUCUUCCUCAAGCAUCCUGAUAAAGAUGUCCGCUUGCUGGUCGCUUGCUGCCUGGCCGACAUCUUCCGGAUCUACGCCCCCGAAGCACCAUACACGUCCCCCGACAAACUGAAGGAUAUAUUUAUGUUCAUAACAAGGCAGUUGAAGGGGCUGGAGGACACAAAGAGCCCACAGUUCAAUCGGUAUUUUUAUUUACUUGAGAACAUUGCCUGGGUCAAGUCCUAUAACAUAUGCUUCGAGUUGGAGGACAGCAAUGAGAUUUUUACCCAACUGUACAGAACAUUGUUUUCAGUGAUAAACAACGGCCACAACCAGAAGGUGCACAUGCACAUGGUCGACCUCAUGAGCUCCAUCAUCUGCGAGGGGGACACUGUCUCUCAGGAGCUACUGGACACCGUGCUGGUGAACCUGGUACCUGCCCACAAGAAUUUAAACAAACAAGCUUACGAUUUGGCCAAGGCUUUACUGAAGAGGACGGCCCAGGCCAUCGAGCCGUACAUCACCAACUUCUUCAACCAAGUGCUGAUGCUGGGGAAGACGUCCAUCAGCGACCUGUCGGAGCACGUCUUCGACCUGAUUCUGGAGCUCUACAACAUCGACAGCCACCUGCUGCUCUCUGUGCUCCCCCAGCUGGAGUUCAAGCUGAAGAGCAAUGAUAACGAGGAGCGGCUACAGGUGGUUAAACUGCUGGCGAAAAUGUUUGGGGCAAAGGACUCAGAGCUGGCGUCUCAGAACAAGCCGCUCUGGCAGUGCUACCUGGGCAGGUUUAAUGACAUCCACGUCCCAAUCCGCCUGGAGUGUGUGAAGUUCGCCAGCCAUUGCCUCAUGAACCACCCCGACCUGGCCAAGGACCUUACAGAAUACCUGAAGGUGCGCUCCCAUGACCCCGAGGAGGCCAUCCGGCAUGACGUCAUUGUGUCCAUUGUCACAGCCGCCAAGAAGGACAUCCUCCUGGUCAACGAUCACCUCCUGAAUUUCGUCAGGGAGAGAACAUUGGAUAAACGGUGGCGAGUGCGCAAAGAGGCCAUGAUGGGGCUGGCUCAGAUCUAUAAGAAGUACGCUCUGCAGUCGGCCGCGGGGAAGGAUGCUGCGAAACAGAUCUCCUGGAUCAAGGACAAGCUGCUGCACAUCUACUACCAGAAUAGCAUCGACGACCGGUUGCUCGUCGAGCGCAUCUUUGCUCAGUACAUGGUCCCCCACAACCUGGAGACGACGGAGCGCAUGAAGUGCUUGUAUUACCUGUACGCCACGCUGGACUUAAACGCGGUCAAAGCGCUGAAUGAGAUGUGGAAGUGCCAGAAUCUGCUCCGGCAUCAAGUCAAGGACCUGCUCGACCUGAUCAAGCAGCCCAAAACGGAUGCCAGCGUGAAGGCCAUAUUCUCGAAGGUCAUGGUCAUUACCAGGAACUUACCAGACCCCGGCAAGGCUCAGGACUUCAUGAAGAAAUUCACCCAGGUCUUAGAAGACGACGAGAAGAUCCGGAAGCAGCUGGAGGUUCUGGUCAGCCCCACGUGCUCCUGCAAGCAGGCCGAAGGCUGUGUGCGUGAAAUAACCAAGAAGUUGGGCAAUCCCAAGCAGCCGACGAACCCCUUCCUGGAGAUGAUCAAGUUCCUGUUGGAGAGGAUCGCGCCAGUGCACAUAGACACGGAGUCCAUCAGUGCUCUCAUCAAGCAAGUCAACAGAUCCAUAGAUGGCACUGCUGACGACGAGGAUGAGGGGGUGCCCACUGACCAGGCCAUUCGGGCGGGGCUGGAGCUGCUCAAGGUCCUCUCGUUCACACACCCCAUCUCCUUCCACUCGGCGGAAACCUUCGAGUCCCUCCUCGCCUGUCUGAAGAUGGAUGACGAGAAGGUGGCGGAAGCCGCCCUUCAGAUUUUCAAGAACACGGGGAGCAGGGUUGAGGAGGACUUCCCGCACAUCCGCUCAGCCCUGCUUCCUGUGCUGCAUCACAAAUCCAAGAAAGGGCCCCCGCGGCAGGCCAAGUAUGCUGUCCACUGCAUCCACGCCAUCUUCUCCAGCAAGGAGACCCAGUUCGCGCAGAUCUUUGAGCCUCUGCACAAGAGCCUGGACCCAAGCAACCUGGAGCACCUCAUCACGCCGCUCGUCACCAUCGGCCACAUCGCCCUGCUCGCGCCCGAGCAGUUCGCGGCCCCGCUCAAGUCCUUGGUGGCGACUUUCAUCGUCAAAGACCUGCUCAUGAACGACCGGCUUCCAGGUAAAAAGACGACCAAGCUUUGGGUUCCUGACGAAGAGGUUUCCCCUGAGACAAUGGUCAAGAUCCAGGCGAUUAAGAUGAUGGUCCGCUGGCUCCUGGGCAUGAAGAACAAUCACAGCAAGUCAGGAACGUCCACCUUGAGGCUGCUGACCACCAUCCUGCACAGCGAUGGGGACCUGACGGAGCAGGGCAAGAUCAGCAAACCAGACAUGUCUCGCCUGAGGCUGGCCGCCGGGAGUGCCAUCGUGAAGCUGGCGCAGGAGCCCUGCUACCACGAGAUCAUCACCCUGGAGCAGUACCAGCUGUGCGCACUGGCCAUCAACGUAAGGGCAGGGGACCCCCCCCUCCUUCUGAGGGGCCCGGGCAGUACCAGGGAGCGCACUGGCCAUCCGCUGAGGGGCAGCAGCUGCUCCCUGGCAGCAGGACUCUCCUCCUGGGCCUCGCAGGAGCGGGUGGCUGGAGCCCAAGAGGGCCCUGAGGAGGGACGGGAAAAAUUGCUAUCUCUUCUCCCGGAGUACGUGGUCCCAUACACCAUCCACCUUCUGGCGCACGACCCCGACUACGUCAAAGUGCAGGACAUCGAACAACUCAAGGAUGUGAAAGACAGCAUACCGGUUAGGGUCUUGCAGGGCCAGGCCCUGGCUGACCUAGGAGCCCUGGGGGGCUGUCAGCCGAAAACCACCAACGUCCUGGGCGCCGUCAACAAGCCACUGUCGUCGGCCGUUACACAGCUUUGUGCCAGCAGGCUCGACAGCUCGGAAAUGGACCACAGCGAGAACGAAGAGUACCCCAUGCCCUCGCCGCUGCCCGGGAAGAAGAGUGACAAGAGGGACGACUCAGAUCUCAGCAGGUCUGAGCUGGAGAAGCCCAGGAGCCGCAAGAAGACUCCGGCUGCCGACGUGGAGGGGAAGCUGGGCGCCGAUGACCUGAGCAAGCUGGUGCCCGAGGCCAAGGGCAAAGGCGGGUCUCGCAGCCGUAAGAGGGGCCUGCCGGCCUCCGAGCCAGACGAGUCGCCGUGGCCCGAGGAGAAGCGGCUCAAGGAGGGCCUGCUGGAGAACGAGGAUGAGCAGAACAGCCCGCCCAAGAAGGGCCGGCGCGGACGGCCCCCCAAGCCGCCAGGGGGCCUCCCCAAGGAGGAGCCCCCCAUAAAGACUUCCAAAAAGGGCAGCAAAAAAAAACCAGGACUCUCCGCAGCCGAGGAGGAGGACGAGGACGACAGGCCCAGUGGGAACGUGGAGCCCAAGUCCAAGAGCAAGCAGCACCGGCCAGCCCGGAGAGCCCAGCACAGCAGAGCUGAAUCCCCUGAAGGCAGUACAGCUGAGUCCACGCCGUCCACACCACAGAAAGGACGCGGGAGGCCAUCGAAAACGCCGUCGCAGCCGCCCAGGAACAUCCGUGUCGGGCGCUCCAAGCAGGCAGCCUCUAAAGAAAACGACUCCAGUGAGGAAGUGGAUCUGUUCCAGGCCAGCUCCCCUGUCAACGACGACCUCGCUCAGGAGGACACAGAAGAGGAGAGUGUGUCUGCCGUCAACAUCCGGCGGAGAAGCUCCAAGCGGGAGCGGCGGUGAGCGUGGAGCAGGAGCCUGCUGCUGAAAGCUCUGAAGACCACUGCUGCCCCCGCCGGCCGGCCGGUGUGAGGCUGCCGAGAGCUGGCUGCCCGCACGCGACUGCCGUUGCCCGGGCACGGCGCCCCCACCCGCUCGCUCCCGCCAUGUGCCCCGCCAGGACACGGCCAGGCCUGAAAGCCCGUGUGGGUGCGGUGGCUGUGCAGACAGGAACUAAGAAAGACCCUGUAAAUAGCCUCUUUUUUUUCUAGUGUUUCUGACUUCUAAAGUGCUUGUAUAGUUUUCCCUGUGGCUCUGACCCCCAAGCCCGUGGCAGGUGGCGGCAUGCUGGCCAGAGGGGCGGCCGCCAGCUCGUCUGUCUUGUCUGUCCACGUCUGUGUCCAUGUCCUACGACUUUACUGUGAAUCAGUAGUUCCAGUGGACGGCGUCCCACUUCUCUCUCGGCGGAGGGGCGCCUUGGGCUGGACAGCUCGUCCCGCCCUCCCCUCUGCUGCACCCGCACCCACCCAGUGUUUACUCCCCGGCACCCUUUGGUCGCCAGAGGUGCUAAGUCGUCUGCGCUGCCCAGGCCAGUGGGCGCCAUCUCUCUGGGGACACAGGACAUGGGCGCCUGCCGCCAGGCUGAUGGUCAGCAUCCCUCCGUUGGUCAGCUUAUUUUACAACCUCAGUAUUGGCCCCAGAACGCUCGGGCCUUCCACAGCCGUGGAAAUUUUAGAGAAAGAGAGAUUUAAAAUAUUUUAAUUUUAAAGAGUGUGCUAUAAAAUAAUGUACUGAAUUCUUUAUAUCAUUUUAUCAUCCCUUUUCAGUUUUUAUUAAUCUACUGUAUCAAUAAAAUUCCGUAAUUUGAAUGAGUUGCCAAUAGUCUAGAACAUUCUUGUGUAUAGCAGGUGCCUCUGGAUCUUUACGUUCAGAGGAUGCCCAUGAUUGCUGUGAUCCUGUACACGUUAGCAGAGUCCUAGGUCCGGCCAGUGGAAGUUGGGUCAGAAGGAAAAUGUACUGAUGCAGUGUGUCUUUAUAAAGCUGUUCUCGAAAGCCAAGUGUUUGUAUUUUAAUAGUGAGUUGCAUGUUUACAGGAAGAAAAACAAAGUUCUGAACAUGGGCUGUGCUCAUUUCUGUAAAUUCCUAUUUAGCCAUCAUAUAUGAGAGGACUGCUCCAUAACUUAGUUUUUCACCAAGAGUUUAUUAUUAUGCUUUAUUUGGAAGCCAAAAAACCUUUGUGGGUUGGGGUGGGGAUUGUGGGGUGCCAGGACGGAGUGAUAGAUGCACCCACCUCUAUCAGCUGCUGUAGGUUUUACAGUCCUACAAGCGGAGUAAAUUUCGCUUUGUACAGGGUGGGCGAAGGGGAAACCUGUUGGGUUCAGAACAGCGCCAGCCUGCCUUUGCCGUCCUCCGCGGGACUUGGGAAGCAAGUCCCUGAGGCAGCAGUGCCCUGUGCACACAGUUGUGUGAACUGUGCUUUGAGCCAAAACAGAAGUCACUGCUUACCCUUCACGAAACUCACUUUAGUACCUCAGGUGCUACUUCCGUCCUGGUUUUGUUCUGUUGGCUUUUCUGUGAUUGUCAACAUCGGAAAAGGAAGUCAUCCUCUAAUGUAAUAAAUUUACCACGUCUAAUGAAAGGAAUUGUUCCGAGAUUGGCGAUCCGAGAUGAGACUGUAAUAAAGAAGGAACUAUUUGGAAGGUGA